GUGUUUGGAUGUGGAGUGCUGUGAUGUCCUUGGAGGUCAAGUGGCCAUAUCCAAAAUGUCCUUCUUUCGCAUGGAGGAUGUCCGGCUCAGUGAUCAUGGGCAUGGUUGGCCUGUACUCUUACAUCUGGACCAGGUACAUGAACGUUUUGACAGUCCACAACCAUGAGGUUUUGUUGAAUCUGAUUGACCAGCGCCCCCCCAAGACACCCCUUAUCACUCUGUCCAAUCACCAGUCCUGUAUGGAUGACCCACACAUUUGGGGUACACUAAAGUUCAGACAAUUGUGGAACUUUAACAAGAUGCGAUGGACUCCAACAGCAUCUGACAUCUGCUUCACAAGUGAGCUUCACUCCAAGUUCUUCAGCCGUGGCAAAUGUGUUCCUGUUAUCAGAGGUGAUGGUGUGUAUCAGAAAGGUAUGGAUUUCAUACUGGAGAAGUUAAGGAGUGAAUGGGUUCACAUUUUUCCAGAAGGCAAAAUCAACAUGACUGAAGAAUUCAUAAGGUUAAAAUGGGGUGUGGGCCGACUUAUAGCAGAGUGCCGCCUUAAUCCUGUUAUCCUGCCACUCUGGCAUGUUGGUCUGAGUGACGUUUUGCCCAAUGUUGAGCCCUACAUUCCACAGACUGGCAAGAAAAUCACAGUCCUUGUGGGGAAACCUUUCACUGUGAAAGACCUCGUUGAAUCCCUUCGAGCACAAAAAAAGAGCCAGAUGGAAAUGAGGAAGACUUUGACUGAUUUUAUCCAGGUGGAGUUUCGUAGACUGAAGGCUCAGGCUGAAAUUCUGCACGGGCAGACACGCACCCAAUCCUGAGUCCUACCCCUCAGUUUUACCUGCCACCCUCCUCACCUCCGAGAUGUACCUCAAAUCAAGAGGAGUACUUCAGUCUGAGGGAGUCUCACUCACAGGCAACUGCCUUAUUGUUUGUAUCCACUCCCCUUCUGUCCCCAGAUGGACCACUGUAAACACGGCCUCACGGGAGAUUUCGUUGUGAGGGGAAACCCUUUCAUCCUCGGCUGUUUUCAGACCGUCAGUUGCGGGUUGGAAGAGGACCAGUUGUCAGCAAAUCUGUAUGUUUGUGGGCUGGACAGCGUUCCAGUAAUGUCAUGGAUAUGUGUUCCAGGUGAUGAAAACACAGGACCUGGAAGCAUCAUGUUUCAGCACCUGUACGAAGCCACAGCUUCAUACAUCCAGAGAUGUUUAACACGUACUGAUUAAUAACCAGCUUCCUGUAGAUGAUGGGGUGGAGUUAUGGUCAAGAUUGUAGAAGAAGCUGGUGGCCAGUACGUGUCAGUUCAUUUUAGUGAAGCAUGGACUGAUUUGUGAUUCAGUCAUGACAAAACAAAAGGAAAUGAUAUUUAUGAUAAGUGCACUUCAUAUAUUUGACACUUGAAUUCACAUGAAUCAGGGCUAUGUCUGCCACUUCUCAGCUCUGGGGAAAAAUGAGAGCUGUUGAAUGUUUGUAGCCUCCAGACUUCAUUUCCACAGCAGACUAAGUGUGACUUGUGUUUGGCUUUACUGUAUUUCAGCAGAAACCGGUAUCAUCCGCCUGUUACUACAGUGUUUAGGGGACGUUCACAUAAACUGGCUGUUUGUCACAAUUCUAACUCAGAGCAUGAAUGAUGCCCUUUUAAGCAUGGAGGCAUGGAUGACAUUUGAAGUUGAAGAUUUAUAAUUAAUUUAGUAAAGGAGAUAUUCUAAAUUUAAUAAACCAGAAAUCCAGCACUAUAUCACAUAAUUUUGUUUGACAAAAUGAGAAUGAUAAAUAAUUAUUAAGUUUUUAUCUCUGUAAUGGUAAGUGUAUCAUUGUAUGCAGGUUUAUAUUUUUCCUUCAUGAUGAGGUUUUUUUGGCAUGACUGCUCAGUGUUUUCUGGAAAUGCAAUCUCACUCAGUACAUUUGUAAAUCUGAUUGUUAUGGAUGUUAAAUGUAUAUAAUUUAUUUUAUCAUAGAAGACUGGCUUUUAUAAGGGAAAUGUCACAUUUCAAUAAUCUGAUUUUAUAAAUGGACCUCAAUACAGAUGCA